CAUUUCACAGUCUGUACAUCAUGAAUAUUACACUUCUUCCAGUCAAGGCCAGGUGUAUCCUUGGAGUUGGGGUCAAGGAGGUUUUUUUUUCUGCUCUUAUCAGUAUCUUUGGUACUUGGUGAGUUCUGUCUGUGAAGGCUCUUGUGGCGUUUGCGUUUCUUUCAGCAGCAUAAGAAAUGUAUAAUGAAGGCUUCUGCAAGGGCAAGAGGAGGAAGAAGAAAUGAAAUUUUUCAUCAAGAAACUUUGCAGAAAUGAAACACUAUACCUAGGUCCCUUCUUGUUCAAAUACAUGCAGAGUCCCUAAAGAUGGUAGAUGAUGAAGAGCCAGGAAGGUUUCCCAAGGAUACUGGAUACUGUUAUCACCAUACAGAGAGCAGCUGCCAGGAGCUGUGAUGGUGCAUGGGAGAUACCCAGUGUGGCUUUGCCUCUGCAGUGGAAAUGCCCUCGUCCCUGACGCGGUCCCUGUCAGGUUGAACCGCAGCAUGCUGGUCCUGCUGGCAGACCACUCACCAGAUAGCGCGGUGAGCAAGUCUGAUAGAUGUCAAAAUAAGCCUGAGCAAUAUUGAUGCAAGCACGGAAGCCACAUUAAGAAACAACAUCCUGUUUGGGUUAAAAAACAAGCUUAAAUCUCUGGGCCUGGAAUGGAAUAACAUUCUCAUGUUUCAGAUGCCUAAAAUACUUUCAAGCUGCUUUUCCAUUGGGUGUAGGAGGUUGCUGCACCACAAAAAUUCUCUAAUUGCGUUUGAGAGAGGGAAAAUCAUAUGUGCUCAAGCCACGCAAAGUGCAUAAUUACUCCAUUGAAAUACCUCUAGAAAUCAACCUUCUUCAAGACCCUUUGGGAGCUUUUGUUCUGGGAAUCAACUGUAAGUCCAUAGGGAUGUUUUCUUCCCUGAUUUCUCAUUAGUCAAAAUCCAAAUUAUACAAGCUGAGAGGGGUUUUGGUGGGGGUUUGUUUGUUUGUUUUUUCCCUUUUUGGAGCAGUUCAAGUGUCUGCUCUCUGCUGCAGCAAUUGCACAUUCUACCUGUGUUAAUUCUUAAAAGGCAAGCUGGGUAUUAGGAAUCUUCCAUGUACACAACCAUCGGUUUGGUUCUUCGACUGUGCUGUUUAUGUGCUAAAGCAAUGGAUAUAUAUUGUAUGAAGAUGUGGUUGUCUGGGGGACUGAACAGUAAAAUUCAAAAGCCCUGGUGCAUGUUUCUGCAUACACCUGACUUAGGUUUGUUUAUCUCCAGAUGCAUGCACCAAAUCCAUCUGUUCCUUCACGUUGUAAUAAGGUAAUUUUACUAAGAACUGAGUAAAGGCAGCAUGUUGUCACUGGAGCAAUAUUCCUGUACUGUAAAUGCACAUGAGCUUUUUGCAGAUACGAAAGAAAUUUGUUAAAUAUCUGUACUGAACCUUUCUGGUACUUCCCUUUGUCCCCCAUCCUGGUUCUAGUCAAACCUUAACAGGGAGACUGGGCAGGCCAAGGGCGUUGAGAUCUCUGUUUAUUCAGCAUAUGUCAGUCAGAAAAAUCCCCGAACUCCAGAUCCCAGGACUGCACACAAAGAUGUUUACUGCUCCCCUGCACAGCCGUGGAGUGAAAUAUUGUGGUGAACGUGCACCCCGCUGGCAUCAAAGGUUUCUUUGGUUUGGAAAUCGGCACAGAGGGACUCGAACUGGCAUCAGGACAAGCCUUUUUGCAGGAAAAAAAGGGAGGACGACGCUGAGUCUUGGCGGUUUCCAGAAGAGCCCAAGCGGACCUGAGAGCCCUUCCCAGCUGACUGCAGCUGAUGCAGCAGGGGAGUCUUCUGGAGAUGACGAUGUUGAAGCUUUUUGGAAUCAUCUUUUUCUGUGGCCUCUUCUCGCCCUCUCAAGAAGUCUUGUCCGGUCUGUCCUGUGCCGUCAGUCCAGGGGCAAUGCAGAACGUUCUCUCGGAUGCCAUACUUCAGAACGGGCUUCUCCAGCAGCACCUGCAGGGCCUUGUGCUCCCAAACAUCAUGGGUGAAGGGGGUCUGCUGAACUCUCCCACCAGCAUCACUGGCCUGCACCUUGUCAAGGUUCGGCUCCCCAGGCUGUCGGUGGUGCUGCUGCCAGGAAUCGGGGUCCAGCUGACCAUCGCCGCAAAGCUGGAGCUCAGUGGCAACUGCUUGGUUGGCCUUCUUUCAGAACUAAUUGAUAUCUUAGUGGAUGUGAACAUUACAGCAAACAUUAAAUGCACGAAUUUUGAAUCGGGCACAGUCCAGGUCGUCAUUGAAGACUGCCUCUGCAUUCUUGGUGCCAUAAAGAUCAAGCUCCUUUCUGGCUUACUGUCCCUAUCAGUAAACGAGAUAGUGCUUAACCAGCUGACAGCAACUUUGCCCGGUUUGCUGUGUCCCGUAGUCGAUAUUGUCGUCAACCUUGUGAACAUCCAGCUCCUGGGCACUCUCAACGCGGUGAUCCCAGUCGGUACGGCAGGAACGAUUCACUACCAGCUGGCCAGCCUCCCGUUUACCUCUGGCUUGUUCCUUGGGUUGGACUUAGAUGGUGCGGUGAAGCAGGUGGGAGGCAGCAUCAUCCCCCAUGACUCGUCCCCCUCUGCUUUGCCUCCGCUGCUGGACAAGCUUCUGGUCUUGGGACUGCGCCAGAGCUUUCUCAAUGCAGUCCUGUCCCUCCUGAUCCAGAUACCGCCGCAGACCUUCACCUGCACGCCAGAAGUCUUCUCUGGUGCCAGCCGUCUGCAAGAAGCCAUCACAACCCUCGUUCCUGCUGGGUGCCCCACCUGCCAUGGGACCAGUCCGCUGAGCAUUAAGCUGACAUUGUUUGGGAACCCGCUCAUCCUCUUGGAAGAAAACAAAGCCACCGUCGAGCUUUCGGUCAUGAUUCAGGUGUUCAUCAAGCGCUUAGAUGGACCCAUCCUCAACCUCCUGCUGCUGAAGGCCGACCUUGGUCUAAACGCCCACGUGUCGAUUGCUGGAGGCAGACUGGUGCUGGGGUUGUCCCUGGGCAGCACUUCCCUCUCCUUGGAGUCCUCUGAUGUUGGCAUCAGUAACAUCUCGAACUUGAAGCCACACUGCAGCAGUCUGCUGGCGGAAACCUUAUUGCCUCUUAUCAAUGGUGCUCUGGGUAUCGGGAUCCCUCUGCCAAACGUGCUGGGCAUUCCCUUAAUAAAAGUGGAUAUUCAGAUAUUAGCGGCAGAAAUGAUGCUCCUGUGUGGUGAUGGGACUCCCCGCUCAAGCAGCGUGCUGCGGCUGGCCCUGGAACCAGCUAAACCACACGGGUGAGGAGUUUCUGCGAAGCGUGGAGUGAACAAGAGGGAACGCCGUGGACUGUUGGACCGUGCUCGUGAGCUGGGAGCUUCAACCCCUGCUGCUCGUGCUCUCUGAUGCCGGUAUGCCCGCGGUGCUGGCGGAGCGGGGUUUCGGGGGGCUGUGUGACCCCGUUCCCCGGGGGGCAGGAUGAGCAGCCCCGCUGACCUGCGCUGGCAGCCGCACAGCCGGAGCGCUUGCAGCUUGCUUUGUGUCACCUCGGGGUUACUGGACUGAUUGGGCUUGGCUUCUCCAUCCAUCCUUUUUGCCCGCAGGUUGGCAUAACAGGCUUUGUUUGUACAAGGUUUUGUUCUGGUUCCUGAGCAAACACCUUCUGUACAGUAAGUAAAGUUUAGCACCUUUUUUGUGCACUCUUUUGGCCAGCACUUCUGUGUGCAUUCUGGUUUGCUGGAGGGGAUUAAUUUUGCUGGCAUGCUACAGAGUAAUCUGUGAUCAGUCACUGUCCCAGGGGUCUGUUUGACUUGAGAAAGAAAAGGCAGCGGGAAGUGUGUAACUGGGGAGCUCAUGGUCUUGCAGAGCCAGGGCAGGGGCUGUGUGAGCCUGGGAUGGCGGAAAAGUGGAAAAGUCUUCUUGUGCAUAUGGAAACGGCUUUUCCUCCCGGGGCCUGGCCUCCGUCAAGCCGUUUAUUGCACAGGGCUGGGCAGGAAGGAGCAGAGGAACCUUUUCAAAAGGAAAAGGCAGCAUCUCCUUGGUGUAACUUGUUACUUCUGCAACUUGUAAAUCUAGUGCUCUGAAUUGCUCGUGGGCUCAGGAGUAAAUCCAGAGCGGCAAACUGCAAAUCACAAUUCAUAAGAACUGGGACAAUCCUGUCCACAGUGGAAAACCCACUAAAUAGUCAUUUUCCAGCAUGCCAGCACCCUGACAUGCUAGAAAGUCUUUUUAUGGGUGAGCAGCAGGAGUGGGGUGUGAUGGACUGGCUGCUCUACCCGGGCUGUGCGUGGGACUUCGGGCUCUCCAGCCCUUGUUCCAGCAAUGUCCUGGUAAAGCUUCAUUCCUCUGCUGCUCCACAGGGGCUGGCGAAGGGGCUCAUCUCUGUUUCUCCAGCGUUUGAACCGUCCGGCUGUCAUGUCCUGCUCCAUGUGCCUCCAGCAAGGGAAGCCGUGUCUCACCGGCGGCUAUUCCUGUGGGACCCUGGGAUACUGCCAAGGAAAAUGAUGGAUUUUGUUUAUGCCAAGGACACUAAUACAAACACUUUUUUCAGCAUGUCUUUUUCCAGGUGAAUCCAAAAUGACUGCUGGGGACAACACUGGCUGUCUCCUGCGGAUGCAGCUGUGCUGGGGGGGGGCUCAGUAAAUCGGGUGACAGGAGGGAGCAGCAGAAGACCCCAGUUCUCCAGCGUAAGCCAGCUCUGCCUCCGAGCCUGCAGCUGGUCCUAGGUAGGACGUGUGCGGCUGGGAGUCGGGGUGUGCAGCUCCUGUCACCCCAACCCUAUGCUGGAGAUGCAGAGCCAUGCUCUAAAAUCUAAAGCCAGAAUAUCCACUGGUGGAUAAAUACAUCUUUUUACUACUGUAGCUUAUGCCUUUUGGGAAACUGGUUUAAGAUAUAUUAGUCAAAGAAUAAUGGUUGCAGCGCUACCAGGAAACUUUUAUUAGGAGCAGUUCCCGCUAUUGCCAACUUUGGGCAUUAAAACCAUUAGUCAGGUCCCUGAGCUGGGCAUAUAAACCUUCAGGGUUUUUUACUCCUUAUAAUAAAUCAACUUGGCUUGUUU